AUGAGCGCUAAGGGCCCUAACGCGGGGACAUUUUCCGUUCCCGAUUCGACAGAUUAUGCGAACGAGGAUGUCGACUCGGAUAACCCAAAUCUCGACUUUCUAUCGUUGUCACGCGCAGUCAAAGAAAGAGAAGCGGAAUAUACUCGUCGGCGCACGAUACGAGUGAGAGUUGGCACGUGGAAUGUCGCGGCUAUUUCCGGCACCGAGAAGGAUAUUGGGAAGUGGUUCGUGGAAGGUCAAGGUGUGUGCGAGAAGUUUUCUGAUGCAAAAGGCAUAGACUCUCAAAAUGCCGGUGCAUCGAACAAGCAUUCAGGAGAAAAGAAGGAUAAACCAUUUAAGUGUAACCCGGAGAAUAUUGACCUUUACGUCCUUGGCCUUCAGGAAGUUGUCGAUGUUUCAUCGCCAGCAGAGGCUUUACGUCCCUAUACUGAUGCUGGGCCUUCAAAUCGAUGGAAAGAUGCAGUCCAAAAAGCACUACCACCGGGGUACCGGCUUGUCUCGGAUGUCCAACUUGUUGGAUUGCUGCUUCUCAUCUUCGUAUCCCCGGCAAUUGGAGAUAGUGUGUCUUCUGUCAGCAGCUCCUCCGUUGGAACUGGAUUAAUGGGAUACAUGGGCAAUAAAGGAGCCGUUGCAACUCGUCUCGUUCUUGGUGAAACUACACGGUUGGUCUUUGUGAACAGCCACCUCGCCGCAGGUGCAGACAAAGGUAGCUUGGAGCGUCGCAACUGGGAUGCAUCUCAGAUUACUUCGCGCUUGAAAUUCAGUCCAGCAUAUUUAGGGGACGAGACUCGGGAUGAUUCGCUUGAAUCUCUUGGUGACGAGGAUCUUACUUUUUGGUUCGGCGAUCUCAACUAUCGACUCAGCGAUAUCCCGGGUGACGAUGUUCGACUAGUUCUUGCUCGACACUGUGAAAAUGCGCAUGACACUGCCUUCGCGCAGAAAGAGUCAAAUAAUAGCCGGGGCUCCCAACCUUCGUCUCUCGACGAACGACGACCAUCGGUUACAGAAGAAGCCGGGUGGCCAGAGGCGGUCACUGAUGAAGAAAUCGAUCCGCACAACGAUCCUGCCUCAUUGCAAACAACCAUAUCGUCCCUCAUUGUUCAUGAUCAGCUUCAACUUCAGCAGAAGCAGGGAAAAGCCUUCCAUUCAGGAUGGAAUGAGGGCCAUAUUUCAUUCUUACCAACGUACAAAUAUGACGUUGGUAGUGUGGCUAUGUUUGACUCGAGCGAGAAAAAUCGGGGUCCCAGCUGGUGCGAUCGAAUCCUGUAUCGCACACGACGUGACAAACUGAAGCACGAGCAGCGUGUUAGAGAAGCUGAGGAGGCCCGGAUAAAAGAUAAGGAGAUGGAAGAUCGUGGGCUGGACAAGGCAGUUGCUGAUGAUGACGUCUUGUUCGACUACGACCCUGAUGUUGAUGGCAUUGAAGUUGGGAGCGUAGGAGAGUUCAGCUCGGAUGAAUCCCUAUCACGUCUGCCCUCGGUUGCAUCAUCGGAGGCGACAGAUGAGAUAAUUCGUCUGAAUCACUACAUGUCGCAUCAGAGAAUAUUAUCUUCAGAUCAUAAACCUCUAGAUGCUAUAUUCACCUUGGUAUAUGAUGCGGUGAAUCCCGACCUCAAAGCUAAAGUCCACCAAGAGGUCGUUCGGGAGCUGGAUAAAGCCGAGAACGAGGCGAGGCCUGGACUGACGGUCGUCGUGGACCAGCAUCACCACCACGAGCAAAACACGAAACAAGAUCCAAACGCUGUUCACUUUGGCGACGUCUGUUUCGAUGUGCCUAAUCAUCGGUCACUCACUAUUGCCAACACUAGCGGGGCUCCGGCCACAUUUUCAUUUGCAGAACGGCCUAGCCUAGGUGAUGCGCAUAAGCCAGAAACUCUCUCUUGGCUUGAUGUUCAAGUAGACCGGUCCAAUGAGCUUGAGCACACAGAAUCUGUUAAUAUUUCCUUUGGAGUCAGCCAUACGCUGCUUCCAGGAGAAGUGGCCAACGUGGUUGUCACAGCUUUCGUGCGCAGCAUAGAGCACGUACGUCUUCUCAACAUUAGAAAGGCCAAGCUAGAAGAGAUCCUGGUUCUUCAUGUUGAUAACGGUCGGGAUCAUUUCAUUUCUGUCAGUGGAAAUUGGCUUCCAACUUGCUUCGGCUGCAGUGUUGACGAGUUGACUCGCAUGCCCGAGGCAGGUGCCCGCAGUCUUGCAUCAUCUAGUGUACCGAACCCAUUACAGAAGACAGAUGAAGUACGACUGUCCGCACCGCGGGAGCUUUUCCGCUUAACUGAAGCAAUUUCCGGAUUGACAGAGCGUGCUAUCGCGGAAUGGAGCAUGACAACCAGCGAUUCUGGAGUAGAAGCACCCUGGACAAUUCAUCCGGGCUGGCCAUUCCAACCCGAUGCAUGGACGCUGCAGGAUCCAUACGAGCGUGCGCAUUUGUCUGCUUUAGUGCGCGAGUCCCUUGACACUAACGAGUCUCUUUCCAAGAUCUUUCCACCAGAGAUCUCAUCUUUGCCCCGUCUGGAGAUCUUAUCCGAGACCCUCCUGACAUUCCUCAAUUCACUAAGUGAUGGCAUUAUUACUGCAUCCGUCUGGCAAGACAUGGAACAGCAGAUGAUCGCAAGCGAGAAGGCCAAAGUUCCACCCCGCUCCUGGGAAGAAAUGCAGGGCUGGGUACUCGAGAGCCUGGCCUACUCGCCAGCCCACAGCGUCUCUUUCACAUUCGUCACUUUCAUGUUAGCGCGGAUCACAAAUGAGGUUACUCCAAUACCAUCCACACAACCGAUAUCACCGCUAUCCAAGUCCAAGCACAAAAAGACCAAAUCAAACGAAUCCAUGAAAUCCCAAGAUCAGCCUCCAGCAGAGGAAGUCGUAUCUAUGCCAACACCUACUUCAGAAUCCUCGGCAGCCUUUACCUCUGCUGGGAGUUUCCGCCGCAAAUCUCGCUCGGCGACUGUAUCAUCAAUCUUAUCUUCUUCCUCAGAAUGGCCCGCUCCCGCUGUCACGCCCAAAAACCCACUCGCUGUUCGUCGGCAGGCAGUUGAAGCAUCUUUGGCGACUAUCUUUGCGCGUGUGCUCAUUUCUCCAGCCGUUCCGACCUCGCCAAAGGAGAAAGAGCGGCGUGCAGCUGAUGAGCGGAAAAGGAGCGUUAUAGAGCCGUUCUUGAAAAUGAUUGGUGUUGAUGAGCGUGGGCCUUCCGGUGGCCGGUAA